AUGUCGGUUGACGAUCCUGUGGAGACCCUGGUCGAUCUCUAUAACACCGAGAUGGCCAGAUCUCUUGACACGAUCGCCCCUGAAUGUCCCCUCUCGCUCCGCAGAGCCAGUCUCCUGGACUCAUCGCUGAGCCUGGAGCCCCAGGUCUCGGCGGUGGCCAGGGGAGCCUUUGCACAACUAAGACUUGUGCGCCAGCUGCGCCCGUUCCUUGGGAGGUCUGACUUGGCCACGGUGGUCCACGCUCUGGUUACAUCCCGUUUGGACUACUGCAACGCUCUCUACGUGGGGUUGCCUUUGAAGACGGCCCGGAAGCUCCAAUUAGUACAACGGGCGGCAGCCAGAUUAAUAACUGGGGCGGCUUAUAGGGAGCGUACCACCUCCCUACUUAGCCAGCUCCACUGGCUGCCGAUAUGCUACCGAGCCCAAUUCAAAGUGCUGGUUUUGACCUAUAAAGCCCUAAACGGUUCUGGCCCAAUCUACUUGUCCGAACGUAUCUCCUCCUAUGAGCCAGGAAGAUCCCUAAGGUCAUCUGGAGAGGCCCUGCUCUCGGUCCCGCCUGCCUCACAGGCACGGCUGGUGGGGACGAGGGACAGGGCCUUCUCGGUGGUGGCUCCCCGGCUGUGGAACACCCUCCCCAGAGAAAUACGGCAAGCCCCAACCCUUUUGAGUUUUAGAAAAGCCCUGAAAACAUGGCUAUGUGCCCAGGCUUUUGAAGAUUAAACGAUAAUGACGACCCGGACUGAUUUACGGCUACAGCACGAGGAUUUUGGAGGAAUGGAUUUUAAUCAUAUGUUUUUAUAUUUUUAAUAUUGUUUUAAUUGUUUUAUUGGAUUUUUAUAGCUGUUUUAAUUAUGUAUAGG